AUGGAUAGCUUCAAGGAGUCCCAUUCCCACGAGUCCCUGCUGAGCCCCAGCAGUGCAGCCGAAGCUCUGGAGCUGAACCUGGAUGAAGACUCCAUCAUCAAGGCUGUUCACAGCAGCAUCCUGGGGCAGGAGUUCUGCUUCGAGGUGACCACGGCUUCCGGGACCAAGUGCUUCGCCUGCCGCUCAGCCGCUGAGAGGGACAAGUGGAUUGAGAACCUGCAGAGGGCUGUGAAGCCCAAUAAGGACAACAGCCGGCGGGUGGACAACGUCCUGAAGCUGUGGGUGAUCGAGGCGCGGGAUCUGCCUCCCAAGAAGCGCUACUACUGCGAGCUGUGCCUGGACGACAUGCUCUACGCCCGCACCACCAGCAAGGCCCGCACCGACAAC